AUGAAUAUGUUGGAUGAUGAAGAUGACCAAAGCUUUCACGCUACGCGUGACGUCAACUCCCAUUUGAGCGAUGUCGAGUGGGAUGCGGUUGAACGAAUGGGUUCAACCAUGGGCAUCCAUGCUGUUAGCGUCAUGCUAGAGGCUCUCAAUAGAGAUGCCCAACAUGCUACUAUCGCCAAGUUCAUUCAAAAUGAACUUGCCGCUGAACGCGAGAAAGUAGCCUUGCUUCACCAACAAGGUUCUCAACAAGCAGAGUUGUUGAGAGAACAGGAUGCUCAACAAUUUGAACUGUUGAGACAACAACAGGCUGCUGCUGAUGGGUCGAUGCACUCGCGUCGACCCGAAACCUUAAAGAUUGACAUCUCCAAGCAUAGGGGAGUCGAAGAGGACUCCCUCUUGAGAUGGUUCGUCGAAUUGGAUGACGCCAUAGGGCGCGUCGCAUCGACGACGGGGAUAUGCAAGUUGCAUUUGCCCAGUCAAUUCUGGCAGGACGUGCCAAGACUUGGGCUUUGGGGCUCAAGUUGCACGACCCAUAUGCGUUUGGGUCGUUGGAAGUCUUCAAGUCGCGGUCUGAAAAACGUUUGA